AUGGACAGUCCCGAGGCACCCUUUAAAAUUAUGGGCAGUCCCGAGGCACCCUUUAAAAUUAUGGGCAGUCCGGAGGCACCCUUUAAAAUUAUGGAUAGUCCCGAGGCACCCUUUAAAAUUAUGGACAGUCCUGAGGCUCCCUUUAAAAUUAUGGACAGUCUUGAGGCACCCUUUAAAAUUAUGGACAGUCCCGAGGCACCCUUUAAAGUUAUUCACAGUCCCGAGGCACCCUUUAAAAUUAUGGACAGUCCCGAGGCACCCUUUAAAAUUAUGGACAGUCCCGAGGCAUGCUUUAAAAUUAUGGACAGUCCCGAGGCACUCUUUAAAAUUAUGGACAGUCUUGAGCCACCCUUUAAAAUUAUGGACAGUCCCGAGACACGCUUUAAAAUUAUGGACAGUCCCGAGGCA